AUGGUUAAAUCUUGCAAUCCAAAUAUAAAACGACAAGAUUUAAUAGAUGCAGCAAAUGAAGAAUGGCGAAAAUAUCGGAAGGAACCUGAAACAACAAUUAAAAAACAAAUUACUAGUUCAAAAUCAUCAUCUUCAACUUCAAGUUCUUUAUUAUCAGAUGAAAUACUUACUGUCACCCCUAAUGCACCAGUUCAGCAAAAAUCUUUAAUGCAAAUUAAAGAUGCUAAAGCUAAAAUAACAGAAUAUGAAUACCUAUUAACGAAUACUAAUGAUAAGGAUCUUCGGUAUCAGAUAUUUGAGAAAUUAAAGGAUGCCCGUGCUAUUAUUGAAAAAGAAAUCAGUCAUCUUAGCUUACUUAAGCACCAUGCUGCAUCACAAGGAAAAUAUCAAGAAAAAAAGUGA